AAUAUUGAAAUUACGGAUAGGCUGAUGAUUGUAAUUUAAUGGUGCUUGCGGUGAAAAUUUCUUAUCUGGCAUAUGGCUACUUCUACUUUGCAAAUAUAUCGUAUUAGUUUCCUCGUGGGCAAACUCGAGAGCUUUUUCGAUCGUAUCAGGGCGCAUGCAUCUAAUGCGUGAGCCCAGCGGAUCCUUUAGACCUCUUAGGUAGGCCUGAAGGGUGAGCUUUUUAUACAAAUCUCUCUUAGCUUCUAUGGUAGUUUGAAUGUAAAGAUGUGUCGUGUAAAGAUACAUAUGUCAUUAUCGUACUAAAAAGGUUUUGGCAGGAUUCGUAAAAUUCCUGAGGUGUUUUAGAACCCUGACUGAGUAGAGAUAAAUCAUUAUAUAACGCUAUUUCAUUUCUUUGAUCACUAAAGUUAUUAAUAAGCGCUUUGCGAAUACCUGCCCAAUCGGUAAGUAUCCCGUUCGUAUUAAUCAGUCGAGCGGCCGGACCCGAUAUCUUAUUAAGAAUACCGUUAAUUAAUCCUAAAUUAUUUAAUUCGAGCCCUCUGCCAUACUGCACGACGAGCUGGUCGCAUAAUUUAAUAAAUCUAGUUAGAGUAUUCGGGUUCCCGUCAAAGUCCGGGACUAAGCGGAGAGCUUUAUAUAUAUUCUCUUAGUCGAACAUAUUAUUAUCUAUUUUACGCCUAGAGUCCUGGUCCUUAAGCCUACUACUAACGCUAGGUUUUAGUUCUUUCCUUGAGUGGAAAUUUUUGAAUAAUAAUUUAAUCUACUAAAAAAAAAUACUAUUACUACUUAGGGCCGGCGCCCACUGCCGGCACGGCGUGGCAUGACACGGCAGAGCAUCCCGCGGCAUGCAAUGGCAUCCUGCGGCGUGCAGUGGCAUCCCGCGGCGUGCAAUGGCUUCCCGCGGUGUUCCGCAUCCUGCUGAAAGCCCAGCCACUCUGGUAUCUAAUAACAUGAGCUUCUUUUAGUGGUAGUUCAGACAUGGCGGAUUCCGCGCGGAUGCAAAUCGCGCGGUUCUAAACGCAAGUGUUCAGACAGGCGCGGAUGUACAUGCGGAGUGCCGUUAUUCGCAUAGGGUGACAGUCCAAUCAUGGAAGUCGAAGAAGCAAUAUGUGUGUACUUGUUGCUCCGUAAAAAAGAAAGAAAGAAGAAACGGCAGUAUUGGGUGCAUCCAAUAUUACGCGAUCGGUUUACUCAUGGUCAGUUUCAGACUUUAUAUCCAAAAUUAAGAAGUUUUGAACCAAAAUUCUUCAAUUAUUUGAGAAUGUCGAUAAAUUCAUUUGAUGAAUUAUUAGAAAUGAUGAGUAAACAAAUUGAAUCUAAUGAUACCCAUAUGAGGUCAAGCGUAUCCCCAGAAGAAAAACUCGUGAUCACAUUAAGAUAUCUGGGUACUGGUUGUUCCUUUGGAGAACUACAUUACAACUUUCGUCUUGGCAAAUCUACAAUCACAGGAAUUGUCCGUGAAGUAUGUGAAGCUCUGUGGGAAAAAGUCACAAAAAACGUCAUGCCUGAACCCAGCGAAGAUAUAUGGAAGAAAAUAGCUAAAGAUUUUGAAAAAUAUGCAAAUUUUCCCAAUUGCAUAGGCGCCAUAGAUGGCAAGCAUAUAAGGAUUACAAAACCCAAAGAUUCGGGUUCUUUGUAUUAUAAUUACAAAACUUUUUUUUCCAUAGUACUGUUGGCACUUUGUGAUAGUAACUAUUGUUUUACUUUCAUAGAUAUCGGAUCUUACGGAAAAAGUAGUGAUUCUGCAAUUUUUAAAAAUUCAGCAUUUUAUAAAAGGUUAAUAGAAAAGUCAUUACACAUACCAAAACCUAAACCAAUAUCUGAAACAGAUCCUAAACCAUUGCCAUACGUCAUAGUUGGCGAUGAAGCGUUUGGUUUAUCCGAAAAUGUAAUGCGACCCUAUGCUGGUAAAGGGCUAUCAUACGAAAAAAAAAUAUUUAAUUACAGGUUAUCAAGAGCUCGACGUUUUAUUGAAUGCACUUUUGGAAUUCUGGCAAACAAGUAUUACUGAGACGGGCAGCGUGACGUCAGGAAUGUGUAUUCAGCAAUGAAAAUCUUCGUAUAAUUCCAACAAACUGUAUUAUCACCAAGAAAGAUCGCACUCGACUGGCCACCAGAUGACAAAAUAAUUACAGACUAUGACUCAAACAGUUUUACAAUUCAAAAUGGUUUCUGUAUCUUACAACUACUUUUAUAUUAUAUGGUUUAACGGCUAAGUCUAACAUUAUGAAAUUAAUAUCAUUAUUAUAUUUAAAUUAAUUAUAAAAUGUAAAUAGUUUAAUCUGAGUUUAAAUAAUUAAUAAUAAAGCUAAAGAUAGAAUCUUUAGGUUUAGUCAAAUCAGUAUCUUAUAAACUAAAAACUGUAAUCAUGACAUUGAAGAAUUAUCAGCAAAUAUCAAACAAUGUUUAUGAUAAUGUAUAGAUAGUUUUGUAUAUUUAUAUAGUUUGUUAGAUGGAACUCGUAGGUCCUCGUAACACUCGGCCAUCCUGCAUUGGCCGUGUCCCACGGCGAUCUGGCAACGCGUCAGUAUUCUUCUGCGUCUGAAAAACAUAAAAUAAACAGAACCGUAAAUGUUCUUUUGUAUAUAAAAAAAAAAUCAUUACUUUAUAGGUGGCUACUAUUGGAAUCCUCAAAAUAUGAUGCACCGACUAAAUUUCAUGGGUGUUUUUAAUAGGUACAUUAUCUUAUUAGAGCCUGACUAUACUUUACGUUUUAUUCAUUCCUAGAUCUAGCUUAGUUAUUAAAUGUUGUAUUUAAAAGUCACACAUUAGUUUCAUUUCUUAUGUAGUAGAUUUUAAUUUCAGAUCAUUAGGUCUAAGUUUAAGAUGCUGCUCAUAUUAUAUUUUACAGUCACACAGAUCUAGUUAUGUUUUAUGAAUAUUAUAUCAUAGACACACAGAUACUGCUGAUACACAGAUCACGUCGACACACAGAUCACGUCGACACACAGAUCACGUCGACACACAGAUCACGUCGACACACAGAUCACGUCGACACACAGAUCACGUCGACACACAGAUCACGUCGACACACAGAUCACGUCGACACACAGAUCACGUCGACACACAGAUCACGUCGACACACAGAUCACGUCGACACACAGAUCACGUCGACACACAGAUCACGUCGACACACAGAUCACGUCGACACACAGUUAUCAUUGACACACAGUUAUCAUUGACACACAGUUAUUAUCGUCACACAGUUAUUAUCGUCACACAGUUAUCAUCGUCACACAGUUAUCAUCGACACACAGUUAAUGCAGACACACAGAUAUUGCAGACACACAGGUAUCAUAUUUUACACACAUGGACGGUUCUCGUUUUCAUACUUUAUAUUUUAUUUUAAAGUCACAUUUUAUUUGUUUUUUUUUUCUUUCAGAUUAAUUUGUUUGUUUGAUAGUUGUAUUAAAUUAUUUUUAAGCAGUAUGUAACGAUGUUUUAAGAGUUCACUAGUUAAAUUGAUUUAAAGGUAAGUUUUCUCCUACGGCUUUUAUUUCAGUUUACAAUCAAUUACAAGCUUACAUUGUAUUGAAAGGUUCAUUUUGUAACUAUAACAAUUUUUUUAACACGAAUUAUUGAACUACAAUCUAUUGAGUAUUUAACUUUCCAAUGAGAUUAUCUCGGUCAAACUUGCUUUCGGUAGCGGAGGAGCUAUCGGAGCCGAAUGAUUUAUGUGGUCGCAAACAAAGAUAAUUUUAUACUAUAGAUCGGUUAGGUCCCUACAAAAUCACCGUAAAAAGUGAACAGACUACAACAUGAGCGCACACAUGCACAAUUUUGUCUUUAAUUCCAUUAUUUAUUUAUGAAUAUAUAGUUUUUACACCUCCUGAACACACAACUAGACAUUGUAGACGAUAUUUAGGAAUUACUUGUUUAAAUAACGUUCAUUGUUGACCGUAACUGACAUUGAGUUGACUAUAAAUUUCUCGCUUUUGAGCGCCUCAUUUUUCAUGCGCUAGUAUCACAUCCAACAGUACUUAAUAUCAUUGGUCGUAAAUCAUCUCUAGGGACAUUGGCAUUAAAUUUUAUUUAUUAUUAUUAUUUUAUAAUUUUAUGCUAUUAAUAGUAUAACGGUCAAAUAACUCGUGUUUUGUGAUCAUUAGAUAUUCCACCAUUCCAUAGCACUAAAUCUCCUAACUUGUAUUUCUUACAACUUUCAUGUUUAUAUUUUAUAAUAGCGAUUUUCAUAACAGUCAUGUGGCAAUUGAUAAGUGUUUAGCUUGCUGUCUACGAUUUUUCAGCUGAUCAAUUGAAUUUAGGUGUUCAUCAAGUAGUAGUAGGGUAGGCAGUUAAAAGAGUAUUAGAUGCAAAGAUCUGCGUGUGGGAAAUUAUUAAUACCCCAAAUGACAUCAGCUAAUUUUUCAUCCCAGGUACAUUCGCUCUCUAUUGUAGUUUUUAAUCCAUUAAUAAUACUUUUGUUGACUCUUUCAACUUCGGACUCCAUAAAAUACCUACUUGUGAAUGCUACGCCACGAUCAGUUAUAAAUUCUAGAGGGAUUUCCGAAUACCGUUAGUAUAUUUUUUAAGAACUUUGAUGGUGUUUACAGAACUAACAUUUUGGACAGGUUUAGCUAACACAAACUUUGUUAAGCAAUCUAUGACCACAAAUAUAUUAUAAGUUAAAUCACUACUAGUUUUGAUAAAAGUCCCCAAACGAUCGGCAUGGACAGUGUGUAUAGGGAUUUGUAGUUUUUGUAUAGGGUGUAACGCGCCUUCUGGCUUACCAUAAUUACCUUUGCAUAGGCGCAUUGCAGACAUGCAUUGAUGUACUUUCUAAUGAAUUUUGUCAUACAUAAAAGCCAAAGUUGAUGUUUUUGUAAUAAACUCUUACACACAACAUAAAAUAAGACUCUUUACCAAAGUCGAAAAUGAUGGACCACGUUUUAAGUAUACUUUCUUGCUUAUGCAUAAAUUAAACAAGUGUAACCUGGCUGUAGUUCUAAAUCAUUACUUAAGCACAAAGAAACCUUUUCUAUGAAAUCAUUUGAAUAAAGCUGGAUAUUUAAUAAAUCGUGGGUACACAGACUAUUUUGGAAUUAGUAACUAAUAUCAAGUUCGGAUAAAUUAUAAUUGGUUGAACUAUUAUCACGUUUAAGUCUUGAAUUUGUAUUGGUUAUUUCAGCAUUACUACAUUAUUACAUGGAUACGCACCCUGCCCAAAUAAUUAAUUUGCAAACCAUCAAAACCUUACAUUAAUACAUUUGAGGUUGAGAUUUUAAGUUUUAAAUGUGUAUCUGUUUUUAAGGGCUAUAAUGUAACAUUACGUACCUGGGUAACGUUUCGUGGAGUUUGCGCAGAGUGCUCCCCUCCGGACAGCGUACUCCCAGCAGCGCCAGCAGCAAACCAGCAAGUGGCAGCCUUGUGGCCAACGCGGAGGCAGACUUCGCAGCGGCGGCAGUCCCGGGCUUCGUGACCGUGCUUGCGGCACAGGAAACAGGUUCUUGGCAAAUCGUAACCUCGCUGCCACGAA